CUUCACCGCAGCUCGAGGAGUAGGUUUUCUCGGCUGGUCUCUCGUUCCUUCACUGAUGAAAGGGUAGGUGAACUGAAGUGUUGGCUUGUCGUUGUUUAGUUGGCCUUCUGAGUCGAGAUGGGGAUGGAGAGGAAACAGCCCAAUGACAGAGAACGGAUCGAGGCAGUCCUCGAGAUCUUGAAGAAGCAAGCGCCCCUGACGGUGAAGCAGGAGAAGUUCUGCAACGAUGCCUGCGUGGAACAGUUUCUGAGAGCCAGAGGCGACAGCCUGAAGAAGGCGGCCAAGCAGCUCAGAGCCGCCCUUUCUUGGCGGGAAAGCAUAGGACUUGAUCACCUAAUAGCCGAUGAGUUCGCUGCGGAGCUUGCCGGUGGCUUGGCAUAUGUGGCUGGUCACGACGACGAAGCCAGGCCAGUCAUGGUCUUCCGCAUCAAACAAGAUUACGCCAAAACUCAUUCACAGAAAUCGUUCGUGCGCUUCCUGGUCUUCACGCUGGAAGUGGCCAUCUCGUCGAUGUCCAGAUUCGUUGACCAGUUCGUCAUCCUCUUUGAUGCCAGUAUGUUCGACGUCUACGCAAGCUUGUUCAGAUCGGCGCCGGCUUUCCUCAACCUUUUCAUGGGCACUCUCAAGAUCAUCUCCGACUACUACCCCGGUCGACUCCACAAGGCGUUCGUCGUCGAUCCACCCUCCUUGUUCUCCUACCUUUGGAAGGGCGUUCGUCCCUUCGUGGAACUGUCUGUGGUCACCGCGGUGGUGUCGUCACUGGACUUCGACGACUCUAUCGAGGAUGCCGCCUUCGCGUCGUGCCGAACGAGAGCGGCGUCGCUCCGGUUCGACCCGGUGGUCGCUACCACCGCCAGACUCGGCGGCUCCACGUCUUCCCGCUUCUCAUUCACCGUCUCCCACCUCGACUCCCUCAAACCGUGGUACCUGUCCACCACCACCAGGGCCACCCCACGCGCGGUGAUGCCCACCGCGAGCCCAUCCCUCGUCGGCGCCUCCCCGCUCAACGCCCGGUCCUUCUCCUUCGCCUCCCCGGCCGCCCGGUCGACGCCACGCGCCAGCCGGAGCAUACCGUCCACUCCUUGCUCAUUCCCGCCGCCGACGCACCCUCACCAGCAGCAACACCCACCGAGGACCCCGCGGCCGUCGUUCUUGCAGUCGCCGGCGACGCUGUUUACGUUCUGGAAGGAGGGGCAGGCGGUGGUGAGCCGAGGGGAGCGAGAGCGGGAGUCCUUCCUGCCGUUCCUGAGGUUCUACCGGCGGCCUUACGACGAGAUGGCGUACCGCGCCAAGAUGCGGCCCCCCUUCGGCGGCCUCAUCUCCAUAAUCUCCCCUCACCUCGAGCAGCAACAACUGCAGCAGCAGCAGCAGCGUCGCGAUGCCCUUAACAUUCAUCAUCAGAGGACGCAAACCCUCACCUACUGAAACUAUUUCUCCUCUGCCAAAGCCAUUAUCCGCUGCACUACUGUCGAUGUCACUCACAAUGUCCAGAUUUCAUGUACAAAUAAUGUUGCUA